GUGGGGGAGUGGGCAGCCGGAGGCGGGAUGGCCCCCACACGGGGCUCGGUCCCUGCAGAAUAAAACGAGGGUCGCAAGUGGCGGCAGCCGUGCUGAGCGGGCGUCUUUGAGGCCCUUUCUUGGACGUGGGGCAGGGGGUGGGAAAAGCCCCCACCCCCCGGUGAGGCCUCAGCUUUAGAAAAGGGCCCCAUCUGAACGCUGGGGAGCGGGCAGGGAAGAAGAGAGCUUCCUACUUUGGGCAUCUGUCUGAGGGCUUCUGUCCUCCCCCAGUUCACGAUGAAGAGUGCCCGUGGCAGCAGAACUUCCUUCCAGGGUGCUAGUGCCAGUGGUGUGGAUCUCAGCCUUACAGGGCUGCCCAUGCAGGUGCUUCAGCGCCCUAGCAGUGCUUCUCCAGGCAAACACAUUGCUCGCUCCAUCUCUGUCAUUACUGAAAACAAACCCAAGAGGAAUAUCCUAGAAGAUGCAGGAUUUGGCACUACCAGAGCUAUGAACAACUUGCGAAGAUCCAAUAGCACAACUCAAGUUAACCAACAGGUGAAUGGUGCCUUCAGUGCAGAGCAGCAUGGAGACUUCCUGACGUUGUUUGAUAGCAGCUCAGGUGGGAGAAAAAAACUAGCAAGUCUGAGCAAAGUUUCCCCAGAGAAGACCACCACGUGGAAUAUACUAGAUGAGCAGCCUAGAACAUUACCUUUGCCAGCUAGCACUCGGGAGGUCCAUGCAGGCAUGAAGAAGAAAGAAAUAUAUGUGCCACUUGCAGCCAACUUCACUGCCAAUAACAGGAGUAACAAAGGUGCCAUGGGCAACUGUGUCACCACCAUGGUGCAUAACGAUUACUCCACUUCAGAGAAGGCUUCUGCACCCAAGAGCUCCAACCAAGCCACCACCUCCCUCAACAACAUUAUCAAAGCUACUUCUAAUGAAGACACAGAGGGCAGCAGCUACAUGAAGUCCCAGAAGAACUUUUCCAGCAGCAAUAUCCUGGCUCGGAACAAUAAUACCAGCAGUGGUACUAACCCCCUCAGGAGGCAAGAAGUGUCAGAAGAGGAGGCUGAGCGGUUCAUUAACCAGGUCAAUCUGGCUGCUGUGACGAUUCAGCGCUGGUACAGACGACACUUGCAGAGGCACAAGGAGGGUGUGGCUCAGCUGGGGCGCUUGUUAGCUUCUAAAAGAGAGGAAAGACAUCAGCAAGUCAAAGAGGAGAGCAACAUCUUGGAUUUGCAGCAGAAACGCGAUGAAGACAGAAAGAAGAUUCGAGAAGAGAAGGCACGUCUUGCCAGGAGAGUUGCUAUUCAGGAGCUGCAGCAAAAACGGUCCCAAAAAGUGUUGGAUGCUCAGCGUUUGGUUCAGGAGGAAUUGACAGCGAUAAAAGCAAGUAAGAAAACCGGAAGAAGAAAACCUGAGAAGGCUGGCUCAGCGAAGAACACCAGCCCUGCCAACAGCAUCGUCAAAGCCAACAAUGCAGACCCUAACUUGGCAGCUACAGAUACAGAAGAAAAUUCUGCCAUGGCAGGUCUUUCUGUCCCGGGACAAAACAAACUACCUGAAGAGCAGCCGCAGGAUGUCAACUCUGGAAAGAUGGCCAGUGAAGACCUGCAGACUAUGAUCACUGCAGCCAGCAGGGCACAGUCCAAGGUGACCCUUAAUGAGCUACUGGACACCCUAAAGUUGUUGGAAGAAGAGCCAGAGCUGUUGCCACAACCAAAGACCAAAGAGGAUAAAUACGCUUGGAUAGAUGGGGAGGCCGACUCUAAUUCCCUGACUGCUGACAACCUGGAGAAAUUUGGUAAACUGAACUGCUCUCCAGGAGUUCCUGAGGAAGGGACUCUCCUCUCAGAAGCCAAACUUCAGAGUAUCAUUAAUUUCUUGGAUGAGAUGGAGAAAUCUGAGCAGGAACGACCGAGGUCUGCUGCCUCUGCGUCACAACGAGAGGGGCUUUUGUCAGAAGAAGAGCUGGCUCACCUGGAGCAGGCCUCAGCAGUUGCCACAGAAGUCACCAGCUCUAUCAUGCGACUGAAGCUGGAGGCAGAAGAGAAGAAAAGAGCCAUUACAUUGCUACAGACAGCACUGACUCAGCAGCGGGAGCUGACAGCUCGGCAUGUCAAAGAGACAGAAAAGGAGCUCAGCCGUCAGUUGGCAUUGCAGAGGGAGCAGUAUGAGGCAGCUAUCCAACGGCACCUGGCCUUCAUUGACCAGCUCAUUGAUGAUAAGAAGGUUCUGAACGAGAAGUGUGAAGCAGUGGUGACUGAACUGAAGCAGAUUGAUCAGAAAUACACAAAGAAGAUUGCCCAGAUGCAGGAGCAGCAUGAGCUGGUCUGGCGCACUCUGGGCCCCCUUUGUGAGGAAAUAAAAAAGUUGAAAGAACUCAUGAGUGCCGCAGAAAAGAUUCGCCGGGAGAAGUGGAUUGAUGAAAAAACCAAGAAGAUUAAAGAGAUCACUGUUAAAGGAUUGGAGCCUGAGAUCCAGAAACUAAUUGCUAAGCACAAGCUGGAGAUCAAAAAGCUGAAAGCCCUGCAUGAGGCAGAGCUCCUGCAGUCAGAUGAGCGAGCAGCUCAGCGCUAUGUCCGUCAGGCUGAGGAGCUGCGGGAGAUGCUGGAGCACGAGAAGGAGGAGCAGAGCCAUCGAGAGAGAGAGCUAGCACGGCAGCGGUAUGAGAAGCAGCUGGAGCAGGAGGAGCAAGCUAUGCAACAACAGCGGCGCCGGCUGUACAGCGAGGUGGCUGAGGAGAAAGAGAGACUCAAUCAGCAGGCAGCCAGGCAGAGGGCUGAGCUGGAGGACUUGCGGCGGCAACUGGAAGAAAACAGCUCUGUUGUCAUCAAAGCGUUGAAGGAAGAAUAUGAGAAAGGAAAAGAGGAGCAGGAACGCCGUCAUCAGGCAGAGAUGCAGGCCCUGAAGGUACAGCUGGAGAUAGAAAAGCAGACCUGGGAGGCUAACUACCUGAAGAAGCAGGAGGCCUGGCUGCUCACUCGGGAACAAGAACUGAGGGAAGAAGUGCGGAAAGAGAGGAACAGGGAGAUUGAGAUGGUCAUCCAGCGGAUAGAAGCGAACAUGAACGCUGCCAAGGACGAGUAUGAUAAAGUCGCAGAGAACAGAGUAAAUAGGGUGCGGGAUAAAUAUGAAGCAGAACUUCAUGAACUGCUUUGGUCAGAACGUAAGUUCCAAGAGCGCUGCAGCGAUUUGAAGGGACGACUUUCAGAGGCAGAAAACGUGGCUCUUCAUCUGCAGGACCUGCUGCGGCAGAAGGAGCAAGAGACAGAGGAUAUCCGAAAGGUAAGGGACCAAUUAGCCCAGGAACGCAGCAGCCUUUCUGAAGUAAUCCGGCAGGAGUUCGCUGACCGGCUGGUGAGCACAGAGGAGGAGAACAAGCGACUCAAGGCAGAGAUGGCUGAACUUCGUGCUCGCCAACGCUUGGAGCUGGACAGACUGACGCGGAACAAAGAGGAGGAGCUAGAGGAAGUGCAUAAAAGAGUGAAGACGGCAAUUGUGAAGAAAGAGGAGGCCAUGAAUAACCUUCGGAAGCAGUAUGAGGCGGCCACGAAGAGGGCAGACCACCUCGAGUCCCUCUUGGAGCAGCAGCGUAAGCAGCUGCUAGCAGCCAAGUAGCAAUCUCUGCCUGGCAAGGACAGAGCCAUGUGAUCAUGCAGAGCAAAAAAGAAAGUUGCUUGUUGUGGCCCAGAAAAGACUCAGAUAAAAUGAACCCUAAUCUGUAUGUGAGUGUGGAAGGGAUUCUUGCUCUUUGUCUUUUUCUGAAAUACGUUUUAACUCAGUCUGUUACUUAUGCCUGUGAUUUGACCUCUUUCUUGUACAAGGAACCUGGGUGAUAUCCAAGUUCUUGCCAAUGUAUUUUAACAGUAAAAUCCAGCUGAUUUGUAA